AUGAAACAAGCACGAAAACUACUCCGUGAAAAAGAGGAAAAGGCUCUUUCUUCGAAAUUGCAACAAACAGCUUCAUCGGAAUUGGAAGAAGACGAAAGAGUAACCAAACAGUCAUCAACAUUUAGUGCGUUUGCCUUGCUUGAGGAAGAGAAUGAGGAGAAUAUUGAUGAUAUGUAUGGUGAUGAUAUCAAGGAAAUGAUUGACCAACAACAACAAUCAACAACUUUGACCAAUGAAGAGGAAGAGUCUGCAGUGAACACUGCCAAGCCUAAAAAUAAAAAGAAGAAGAAAAAGAAAAAGAGUACCAAGAAGAAGGAUGAAAAUCUAACCGAUGAAGAGUUCUUGCAAAAACAAAUUCAACAAUUGGGCCUGGAAGAAAAUGAAAGUAAAAUAAUGGGUGGAUCAUCAGCUCUUAAAAGCGCCUUCAGCUUAUUUGAAGUAUCGGACCCUAAAUCACUCAAUCCUGAAAAUGAAUUCAAGAAAAUUUUCGGAAGUGGUGCUGUCUCGCAAACACAAGCUGCCGUGAGCGCUGAUUAUGAAGAGCAGCUCCCUAAAGUAUUGAGAAAUAACCCUCAUUUUGUCGGAAAGAGAUCGGUUGUGAUUGGUAAGAAAAAGAAUGACCUCAUGCUAAAUUUGUUUGUCUCGUCUAAACCACAUUGGCCCAUGUACAGAUCUCUAUAUUUAACAGUUCAGUUGAAGAGCACAAAGCCAAACAACGUCGAAGUUUAUGAGGUUGUUGAGCAAAAAACUGUCACAGGCAGUACUACAGGCCUCUAUGCCCAAGUCCAAGAACAAUAUGAGAGAGCCCUUCAAAGCAAUGAUCCGAAUAGUUUUAUUUAUAUUCUACAGCAAGUACAUCCAUAUCACAUUCACACUCUACUUCAAAUGAGUGAAGUGUUCAGAACCAUGCAACGUGAGAAUGAUCAAGCUCAGGAUCUUAAUGAAAGAGCAUUGUUUGCUAUUCAGCACGUGUUGAACAAUCCACAAUUUGUUAAUGGACUCAUGAAAGGUACCAGUAGGCUGGAUUCUUCUCAAGAUAUUGUGAAGGCAAUAUAUUUGUCACUUUUAUGCAGAAUUCAUGCUUUAGCGAGAAGUGGAGCUCACAAUACCGCAUUUGAUUUGAGCAGAGUGCUGUUAUCACUCUCUUGCGACCCACUUGCAAAUACUUCCAUCAACAUUGCUGAUCCAGUCCACGUCCUUCUAUUUAUUGAUUACUAUGCAGUCAGGAUUCGUAAAUUCAAAUAUGUUUACAGAGAUUUAAUAGAAAAUUUCAUCAUGAAAGAACAAGAAGAAUUGCAAUAUUUACCGAAUUUAAUGUACAGCAGAGCUUUGAGUUUAUGGCAUGACAAUCAACUCUCAACAGCCAAUGAAGUUUUGCAGCAAGCUCUUCAAACGUGGCCCAUGAUUGUUGUUCUCGUAUUGACUGAAAUUAAGACUACACGAUUUGGAGAAUUUGAAACUUUAAUUAGAAACACAAUAUUUACCAACAAGAUUUGUACCUCUCCAAUAUUCUCCAAAUUACUUUCGGCCUAUGCCAAAAGAAAUUCUGAAUUUUGGAAAGAGGAUGGAGUUUUGGAUUGGCUCAAGUACAAUAUCGAAGAAAUGUUAAACAAUAGUGCAACCUCGCAGAAGCACUACGAUGAUAUAAGAGAAAUGUGCUAUCAACAUGCAGUGUUCACAAGCAACUACAAAAUUGUUUACGAAAAGGAAGUAUUGGGAGAAAUUUUGCCGAUUUAA